CAAUACUGAACGAAUGACUGACAAGAAAUCAAUUUUAUUACAUUCAUUCAUUCGAAACAAUCUCUUUCUCGUUCUAAUCGUUCUAUCAAAAUUUUCGUUCAUUCUGUUAGUGAGUUCAUUCAUCGCGUAGUAGAUGGGCGUACGUUAAAUUAAUGGAUUGAAUUCGAUAUUGUUUUUAUUUGCGCAGAAGUGUUUUGAAGGCGACAAUGGUGGUUAAAGGUUUCGUUUGAUUGUUUGUUAACUGCAUUAAGUGAUGCGUUAAGCGGAACUGAAUGUGAAGUUUUGGAUUUUUUAGUGUGUAAAUUGUGAUAGUGAUCACCAUGCCGGGUCUUAUAGGCAUUGGUGAAUUUAUCGAGGAAACUCGUGAGGAUUACAAUUCGCCGACGACUUCCACAUUCGUGUCGCGUAUGCCGCAAUGUCGGCAGACCAUCGGUGCAUUGGAAGAGACCCUGGACUUCGACCGAGAUGGCUUAGCAAAGCUAAAGAAGGCCAUAAAGGCGAUACACAAUUCUGGAAAUGCACACGUGGACAACGAGAUGUACCUCUCCCGGGCGCUGGAACGCCUGGGCGGGAACGCUCUGAGUAAAGACUCGGAGCCCGAUAUCGGGGCAGCAUUUUUCAAGUUCGCUGUGGUCACUAAGGAGUUGUCCGCCCUUAUGAAAACGCUGAUGCAAAACAUUAACAACAUAGUAAUGUUCCCGGUGGACAGCCUUCUAAAAGGUGACCUCCGAGGGGUCAAAGGCGAUCUAAAGAGGCCAUUCGACAAAGCAUCCAAAGACUACGAGUCCAAGUACCUGAAGAUUGAGAAAGAGAAGAAAUCGCAGGCGAAGGAAGCUGGUCUCAUUCGCAGCGAGGUCACUCCCGCGGAGAUAGCAGACGAGAUGGAGAAGGAACGGAGGCUGUUUCAGUUGCAGAUGUGUGAGUACCUGAUAAAGUUCAACGAGAUAAAGACAAAGAAGGGCAUAGAAUUACUACAGCAUUUGGUAGAAUAUUACCACGCGCAGACGAACUAUUUCCAAGAUGGACUGAAGACGAUAGAGCAUUUUGGAGUGUAUGUGGCGGAUUUGAGUGUACAACUUCAGAAGAUUCGGCAGCAGCAGGACGACGAGAGGAAGAGGUUGCUGGAGUUACGGAAUAUGCUGCGGGCAGCUGCUCCGCAGGAUAGGGAGGUAGCGUCAUCGUUAGGCGGUUACUCGCUUCACCAACUUCAAGGCGACAAGCAACAUGGCGUCACAAGAAGUGGCUAUUUGCUCAAAAAAUCCGAAGGGAAAGUCCGGAGAGUGUGGCAAAAACGGCGAUGCCGAGUCACAGCCGAGGGUUACCUGGACAUCUUCCACGCCGACGAAAACAAACCACCCGCGAGGGUCAAUCUUCUUACGUGCCAAAUAAAAGUCGCUGCUGAUGAUAAGCGGGCGUUUGAUCUAGUCUCAUAUAACCGUACUUACCACUUUCAAGCCGAGGACGACAGCGAACAGCGAGCGUGGGCGUCAGUUCUAGUCAACUGCAAGGAGGGCGCUUUGAUGAGGGCGUUCCAUCAGCAAGCGGGGGAAAGCAACGACUCGGGGCACUCGUUGUUGGACCUACAGCGGUCCAUUAUAAGGGCUGUGAGGGCUAUGCCGGGGAACCAAGUGUGUGCAGAUUGCGGGUCUACCAAUGAUCCCACAUGGCUAUCAACAAACUUCGGCGUAAUAGUCUGUAUAGAGUGUUCAGGAAGUCACCGGGAGCUAGGUGUGCAUAUAUCCCGGAUCCAGUCUCUUACGCUCGACCGGCUCAGCACAUCGCAGUUGCUCAUCGCGAGGCAUAUGGGCAACCAGAUGUUUAACGAAAUUAUGGAGAAUAUGCUAGAUGAGAGGGACAAGUUGACGCCAGAAAGCUCAAUGGAAGAACGGCUAAGGUUCAUCCGAGAAAAAUACGUAUACAGAGCGUGGGCCGCGCAAACGUGUAGAGAUGCGGCAGAAAAACUAUCCGAAGUUGAACAUGCAGUCAACAACGGGCACUUACAAAACUUACUACAAGCGUACGCCGAAGGCGCAGACUUAGCUGCGACACUGCCUUGCUCAGACUGCGGCGAAACGGCGUUACUCCUAGCAAUAUCCCGGGAAUUAGGCGACGGCUCCUUUCUCCACAUCGUUGAUUUUCUAGUCCAAAACGGAGGCGCCCAACUCUUAGACAAAACCACAUCUUCGGGCAUGACGGCGCUACAUUUAUGUGCGGCGACGGAUCGGACGGAGCCUAUGAAAUUAUUGUUAAAGGCGGGCGCGGAUGUUAGUAUUAAAGAUGGCAGUGGAAGGACGGCUUUGUUAAUUGCGAGGACGCUUGGACAUCAUGCGUGUCAGGAGUUGCUGGAAAAUGUGGACAAGCGGGAGAAAAGUAUGUUUGAGAAUAUCAACAUCGAUUGGAAUUUGUCGCAUGAUGAUGGCUCGACAGACUUCUCAGAUGACGAUACCGUCAUCGAUGAAAGGCAAAACGGCAGCGUAACGCCCGAAAAGAAAUGCCCGCGCUCCCGACCGCCCUCCUACUUGGGAGCGGGCGAGCGCGAGCGGUCGGGCGGCGACUCGCCCGUGCUGCGCUCGCGCUCCUCCACCUGCGACUCGCUGCACCACCCGCCCGCGCCCGCGCCCGGCACGCUGCCCAGGAAACCUAACGUCUACAACAUCGGCAGCCUGAAGAAGCGCGCGGCGCCGCUGCCGCCCGCCGUGGCGCUGGCGCACCCGCCGCCGCACCCGCGCUCCACGCCGUCGCCGUCGGCGGACAGCACGCGCUCCUUACAUUUGUCCCACGGCGCGACGAAGCCGCGGCCGGCCGCGCCGCCGCCGACGCCGCCGCCCGGCUCGCUGCUCAACGGCGCGCACCGCGACGAGCCCACGCCGCCGCCGAGGAAGAAGAAAAAUAGAUUGCACCUGGAUAAGGCGAAAGCGAAACUGAGAAGGGAAUGUUCUAGUCAAGACUCGUCACUGGAGCUGUGCGACAUAUCGGACGGAUUAGACGACAGUCGACUCGGCGCGUUGUCGUGCGACAGUUCAAGGUCACGUGAACGCGGCCGACGGAGCGACAGCCGGUCAUUGGACGUUUCGGACACAUCUAGCGUGCAUUCGAGGUCGCCAUCUGCAUCUAUUACCAUGAUGGGUGUCGGCAUGCGCCGCUGCCGCGCGCUGUACGACUGCUCGGCCGACAACGAGGACGAGCUGUCGUUCCGCGAGGGCGAGGUCAUCGUCGUCAUCAACGAGCGCACCGAGGACGACAACUGGAUGGAGGGCCAGGUCGAGGGCACCCCCCGCCGCGGCAUGUUCCCCGUCUCCUUCGUGCACAUGCUGCCCGACUAGGCGGGAACGGGACGGAUGUAGGUUUCAUACUCGCCUACACCAGGUGUAGCUGUUCCUUUUAACACGCCCAGUGCAAUCUGAAAUGCUAAGCAUGUUUAUUUUGAACCCAUUCGAAUCUGAAUCUUAUUAAUCGUGGAUAAGGUAUUCAGUCGAUUGAGUUUUCAAAAGAUCGGUGAUAUUGUCUGUUCAGAUGUAAUCAAUCAUUUGCGAGUUUUUUUUGUCAAUGACGUGCUAGAAAAUUCAAAUAGGUAACACAGUAAAUAAUUUCAAGUAACGUACAUAACUUAUUCGUUUUGUUUUAUGUAAAUAUGUAGUUUUAUUUAAAUAGUCAACAACCGUAAACGCCAAAGAAAUCACGCUACGAAAUGCAUCGUAAUACACUUCUUUCGACUUAAAAAGCAUUGGCCGUGUUAAAUGUGGAUAUAUUGUGUUCCUUUCUUUAGGAAUAAGAAUAGAACUGAGAAAGGUCGAUGCAAUGUCUUGUAAAAUGGUCGUGUCAUACGAAAUUGGUUGUAUUGAUGUUCUGUGUUCAAUGAAGUGGGUAAAUUACACUAUACGAUAAACCGGGGCCGGUGUAAAGGGAUCCAACGACCUUUCCAAGCAGGCUUUCAAUCCCAGUCCAUAAAUACUGCCUCUGGUACAUCGUUUAGGGUAGUAACCCUGUAAUUUUGAAAGCGUACGUGACUGUUUACAUUUUUAAAGUGUUCGGGAGUGAUGAGUGAAUCAUUAAAAUGUAUUGAUGAAUUUUGUCUGAACGCAGUUUUCUUGUAAAUUAGGCAGUUUGACCUGUCUGUAUGUGUAUUGUGUGUGUUACACGCUCUGUAAGACUGUAAGCGUAUGCUUUUUCAUUCGCCUAGGCUUGCCCUGUCUUUGUCAUUUCGUAAUGAGCCUCUUGCAUAUAAGAAGUAAAUUAAACCCCAUUUUCAUCUCCAUUAGCCGGGUCCGCACAGAACGAGCAUACGCGCGAGGCAAUUUCCUUGCGCACAAUACGGCCAGUGUAGACGUGCCUCGGCCGAGGCGGCGAGCUCAAGCGAGGAAAACGCGUGCGCCGCCUCGGCCGAGGCACAUCUACAGUGGCCGUGGUGUGCUCUGUGUGGACCCGGCUAUUGAGGAUUACUAUGUUAUCCUGUUAUCCCUCAUCAAGGACAUUCAUGUAUGGCUCUCAGAAGGGAUUUCCGUUUUUCACGGUCCUCCUCCAGCUCCGCCCAACCGAGGCCUUGCGCGCCUCCAGGUGGUACGAAGGCCCCUUGCUCCCUUUUUUCUGGGAAUUUUCCAAGUCAGCCCUUGCUUGGAUAGGUGGUUUGGCCUUCGUAAAACACGUCCUAUACAGCGCCAUUUCCGCGGAAGUAUCUCCUUAGCUAAAGGGUUUUUUGUCCGGUCAAUUCCCAUAAUUUAGUAUUGGAGAUGGUCCGUGGCCAAUAGAUUUUCAUCCCCAUUGCAUUUCAAAAAACUCUACCUCUGUGGAGCUCUAAAAUGUUUGAGUCGUCUCAUGAUAUGACUAGGAGUUUCAUGAUCUGACGGAUUUUAUGAUCGGCCAGUGACAUAUAUUUCAUAUGUGUAAGUCCUACCUUCAACUAUUUAAGCCAUGAUUUGUCUGUAAAUAUCUAGGUAAAGUGUCAUAAAUAAAUAGGUUCGACUUCUUAUUUGCCGGAGGCCAUAAUUAGACUAAAAAGUACCUCCAAAAUAUCAGGGUGUAUAGCCACUCUUCAUUAAUGAGAUUAUCUCGUAUAUUAAACUAUGGUCUGGUAAAGUUGGCCUAACGCUAUUAAUUUCUUAACUAUGAGCUUAUUUUAAGUGUAGCAUGUUUUCAUACUCUGAUCGUAUUUGAUAUACACACUGUUAAAAUAGUUUCGAAGAUAAUUCAGAGCGCCUACCGCGAACACCAAAGUUCACAAACUGCGGGAAUCUUUCUCUGUCGCUCUAAUUACGCCUUAGUUGGAGUAAAAGUGAAAGAUGCCCGCAAUUUGCGAACUUCGUUGUUCGCGGUAGACCCCCAGCUGUUAAAUCCUGUAGCGCACAGUAACAGUUAAAACUUCAUUCAAUAUUGUUACCUAUUCUAACACAAUAAAGUAUACAAUUGCAUGAGUUUUAAAUUAUUGUUGACUGGAUACUAGCGCAGCAGUGUUAUCAUUGCCAGUAUCAUACAGGGCUUAGAUAAACUCGGCACACCAAUUUGUAAUCAAUGUGAUAUGUCACUCAAUACCAUUUAUAUAGUAGUUACUGUUUUUAUACAGGAAUUUUAAUACUCAUACAUUUGAACCAUUCCAAUGUUCAUACUUUGAACUGAUUAGUUCUCAUGAAAUUAGUGUGUUAAGUUUUAAAAUUGCCUAAAUUUAAACUGUCGCGAAGCCGUUACUUAGCUUUAUUGCUUUAUAUUAUAUUGACGACACCAAGGACCUAUUUCAUAUGAAGAUUAGUCUGACGUAAUAUUAUAAAAAAAAAAAAUCUUCUAUUCCGGGAAAACGGGCAUAUUUAUUAUUUAUUUAAGCUAAUUAAUGAUUUUAUAUGAAACAGGUCCAAGUCCACUGUAGGUUUUGCCAGUAGCUAGUCCGUCCCUUCGCGGCUUUGUUCGAUUUGAUAGAUUUUUUUCAAUUUUCAAUUGGAAAUUGUAAUUACAAUAAUUGACCUGUGUAGCUUACUUCUUUGUCAUUCAUUUUUCGACGUUUAAAUAGCUUGUUCGAGAUGUUAUAGAAUAACUAAAAUUAGUAAGUUUUGAACCAAUAUGUAUUAAGAAUUAAAAAAGCCUAGUAUGUGAGACUUCAGCACGAGGCAAUGAACAAAAGCACCAGGAAAACAUCAAGUCAAUGAAGAUAGUUCUUUAGAAUUAGUAAUUUUACUAAAUAUGUGUAGUGAGUAACUUAAGCUUCCUGUCUCGAAAUCAACUUAACACGAUAACAAUACGAAACUAUAGUGUGUUCGAAAUAACUCAGAUAGAGAUUUGCCAAAAACUAUGUGAUGAGUAGUGGAAAAUAUCAGUUACAAACCUCGGACCAGUGACUGUUUGUUAUCUAGUUUGUUCUUGUAGAAGUUAUUGAGGUGUCUUAGAUUGUUGGUGCAUGAUGUCUACUGGGUUGUGUAUGAUGAGAGAGACCUCAGUCACUAUAAUUAUUACAAAUAGUAGUCGAAAUUACGUUUGACGACCACUUGUUACGUUACGAGCGCUUUUCAGUUCGUAAGUAAAGGCAAAUAGAAUUUGAAAUAGAGGUGGAUUGUCGAAGUAAACUUUAUAGACACAGUAAAUCUACUGCCAUAUUUUGAGACAUGAUUAAAACUUUUACACGCAAAGAAAAGAAAGAAUCAGGAUCAAAGUCGAAUGGCGUUCUAAAAGUUUUACGGUCAAUACAAAGUUUACUUUGACAAUCCACCUCUAUAUCAAAUUCUCUUUGGUAAAAGUAUCUCCAUGCUUGUUAUUUUAUAGAAUAUGUGUGCAAUUAAAUACGAUUAUAAUACUUACUGCGCCAGAAGCCAUAGGUAUAAAAUAAUACCCGUAACUGCAUUAAAAAAACUAUUUACAUUUAAACCUUAUUGUUGAGAAAUACAAUACAGAAUCGGAGUAGUUUUCAUAUGCAGUUACAGUGUUUAUGCGUAGCGGGGUAGUCAAUUUCAAAAACAUCAGAUUACAUUCUCGUAUUUUAAUGUCCUGCGACUUUUCAAAUUAUGAUUAACCAGAUCAGAAUUCGAAGCUAUUCGAAGCAACAAAAUUAUUACUUUGAUCUCUCUCAAUAUACAUAACUAAACUUGUUGUAACUGUUAAAUUUUAACGAUUUCCACGUUUUCAAAUAGAUGAUAUAAUUAUCGAGAUACAGAUAUAUUUCAAUAUUCUUAGCAAUAGUUGUAGGCGCUAUAUUAUGAAGGAACAAAACCUUAUGCAGAAAUAGUAUCGACACAUUCCCUGAACUGCUUAUAAUGGUCGUUUAGAUUUAAAACAAGGUUCUAUCAUCUUUUUCGCACUUAACCAUUUGCGAGAGAGAGACAGAUAAAUUGUUAUUCUAUGUCGGCAAUCAUAGAUUUUCUUGUAACUACUUAGUUUGUAUAUUGGGUUCAUUUACUCGCAUAGAUGUUAAGGAUUGCAGAUUGUAUAGAGUUACCCACAUUACCGCAUGCGAUGCCAUACAUUAGUAUUAUUUAAACGGUUACAAUAUGUAUUUUGUUAAGGUAAUAAACUGAUAUAGGUAUUGUGAGUUUCGAGCAGCUCGAUAUGUUGUUUCUCCGUAUUGUUUAGUUUGAUAACUUUUCGCUCCUUUUUCUUACGGUAGAUGUCGCUACUCGUAUCUUGAGAAUCGUUGCAAGCGGAGAAACAACACAUGGAGUUGAGGCUGGAUCGCCCAGGUUGAAUUUGCCGUGGUUUCAUAAUAAUUUGGUGAACAUACAUUUAAAAAGUAGCCAUACCCCAAUACAGAACCUCUUGAUCCUCUUCCUUGGAACUGAAGUCUGUUAAAAAUUGUCUUUAUGUAAAACAUUCUAUGCACAUAGGGUUUGCAAUCUGGAUCCGAAAUGUAUGUGAAAUUAUCCGGAACCGCGGAUCUUCCCAUACAUUUCAGAUCCGUCGUGCAUAACCCUAUAUGCAUGGAUACCUGCAUAGUUAUACUUUGACUCGUUGCAUGUAAAGCAAACUGAUUUUUAGUGUUCCGUAAACUUGUUCACGGAACACUUAUGGGAUUACUUCGGUCUUGCAAAUCGGUUAAAUGCGUUUUUGUUAUUCCGUUCGCUGUAAUUCCCGAAAAAAUCAUUAUAUAUAUAUGAAAAGGAAAGAAUGCAUAGCCGAGUUUGCUCAAAUACGGCGAAGUGAAUAGGUAGGUAUGCCUAUAUAUAUAUAUAUAUUAUACCUACCAUCUAUAUUAAAUAUCUUGCUCUAGACUACGCUGAGGCGGAUCUGUUAUUAUCAUACUGAGGCGGGCUCGCACUCCGCUCCGGUGUGUGAGCAUGACAGCGCUCUGCACGUAUACAGCGAUGUUCCGCUCGCACACCGACGUCAUGCUCGGAUCUGGGGGCCUACCGCGAAAACCGAAAUUCGCAAAUUGCGGGGAACUUUCUCUUUUACUCUAACUAAGACGCAAUUAGAGUGACAGAGAAAAUUGCCCACAAUUGACGAAUUUCGAUUUUCGCGGUUAUAGCCCUGAGGUCCUGCCGGCAACUUCGAAAAAUCAAAAAUCGUUAUCUGUGACUCUAUUCGCUCGUGCAUUCAUACGAUAGAGAGUCAGAUAACGAUUUCAGAUAUUUCGAUGUUGGCGAUAGGCCCUCCGCAUCAAAGAGAAUUUGAAAUAGAGGUGGCUUGUCAAAGAAAACAUUGUGGCCACAGUAAAUUUACUGCCAUCUUUCGACACAUGAUUAAAACUUUUAGAACGCUAUUUGACUUUGAUCCUUAUUCUUUCACUGAUAUGUGUUAAAUUUGUUAAAUAUUUGUUUGAUAAGGAUUAAAGUCAAAUGGCGUUCUAAAGGUUUUAAUAAUGUGCCGAAAGAUGGCAGUAAAUUUACUGUGGCUACAAAAUUUUCUCUGACAAUCCACCUCUAUUUCAAAUUCUCUUAGCUCCACAUCCAAAGCGAAGAACGGCCUAGGUUACCUAUAAGCGAAAAUAUCGGGCGCGGGAGAUUGAUUAUCGGGCAUCCAUACAAAAUUCAGUUAACAGGAGUAUGUUUGGUUGAAAAUAGAGUAUCUAAUAUAUAAUUAAUUAUGCAUGAGUGAAAAUCUAAUGCAAUAGAUAUAGUAACAAUGUAUAUAGAUAUCUUAGUAUAGAACGUGCGAACAUAGGCGUCUGUAGAAUAAAUUCAUAAUUUAUUGUAAACUAGAUAUAUUAGAAAAGUGCUGACUUUGUCUUGAGUUAUGUACUUUUCUAUAGCUCUUAUGAUAUAAAUGAUAUUUAUUUAUAUAUUGUGAAAAUCUAAUUGUGAUGAAAUAUUUUAAUGCCAUUUUUAGCCUGUCAGUAUGUUACUUAUUGAAAAGUUAUUUAACCAAAUGAUGCUAGUAGUGUAAGAUGUUUUAUUCUUUAUUGUAGUAUAUUAACGGAGUUGUAGCUGAAUAGUUUUUUCUAUUGUGUAUUACGUGAAUGACAAUCUGUAUGAAUUUAUUAAUACAUCACUUCGAUGUCUA